AUGAUAAAUAUAUUCGUGUAUUGCUCUACCGCCACAGAGGAUCCAGCUCUUUCUGUAGAGUUAAUAUUGGGCCUAUUGGUACUUGAAAUGAUCAUUUUGGAUUGGCCUGCGAAGGCACUCAAGCUACCGGAUGAAUUCCUCUCAACAGGACAAGAAGAUGAAGUGAUACGGGGUGCAACAAGUGAAGCAGUAUUAGUCGUUCCUUUGGCCGCUCGAGGCAAUGUUCUAAGAAAGGUUGAGAAAGAUGCCAUUGGAAAGCUUGUGGCCUGCAGCUCUAAUCAAACUCAUUCCGCUCUAUCGGUUGUGGCAUUACUCUCUAUUUUAAAAUGUUAA